AUGCCAUUUCCUCGAUCGGCAAAAGAAAUUUCAGCAAGUGAUGGCGAAUGUGGAAAUUUAUUUUCAAAAGACGAUCCGGAAAAGUUAUUUGUUGAUCUAAGAGAGAUUGGCCAUGGAAACUUUGGAGCUGUCUAUUACGGCCGAAAUUCUGACACAAAUGAAAUUGUUGCGAUUAAGAAGAUGUCGACCGGACGAAAACAAAAUACGGAAACAUGGCAAGAUAUUCUCAAAGAAAUUCGAUUCCUGCGAGAAUUAAAUCAUCGUCACUGUAUUUCAUAUCGUGGAUGUUAUCUAAAAGAGUAUACAACAUGGCUUGUAAUGGAGUAUUGUCUUGGCUCAGCGGCUGAUCUAAUCGAAGUCCAUAAAAAACCAUUAGAAGAAGGUGAAAUAGCAACGAUUGUAUGUGAUACACUCAAUGCACUGGAUUAUCUUCACUCGAUGCAUCGAAUACAUCGUGAUAUCAAGGCAGGAAAUAUUCUAUUAACAGAAGAUGCUAUCGUUAAAUUAGCCGACUUCGGUUCAGCUUCAAUUUCUAGUCCAGCGAAUAGUUUCGUCGGUACUCCUUAUUGGAUUGCACCUGAAGUUAUCUUAGCAAUGGAGAACGGACAAUAUGACGGAAAAGUCGAUAUUUGGUCGCUCGGAAUCACUUGCAUCGAAUUAGCUGAACGAAAACCACCAUUAUUCAACAUGAAUCCCAUGUCUGCACUUUAUCACAUUGCACAAAACGACCCACCGACAUUGAUGAUGAAUACAGAGAAUCAGCAACCGAAUGCGAACGGAGUUACGCCAGUGUAUUCGAACGAUUUUGUUGCGUUUAUUGCAAAAUGUUUACAAAAAAAUCCGAACGAUCGGCCAAUUCCUUCGGAAUUACUCCAAACGACAUUCAUUGUCCACAAAAGCAAUCGUGAAAUCUUAAUUGAUCUUAUUCGACGUACUAAAGAAGCAGUCAAAGAAUUCGAUAAUAUUCGUUAUCGUCGAAUGAAGAAAGUGCUCAUGGGUCAUGACGAGCAGAUCAGUAUUAAUACCAGUAAUUCUUCCGUGCCCAAUUCAAGUAUUAUGGAGUCGAAUGAAAUGAUUAUGAUGGAUAUGGAUAGUUCGAAUAAUACAUCCUAUCCAGUCUUAGACGAUGAUGACAGUCGUAGUGUAGAUUUCGUAUCGGACACCAAUCAUAUCUAUCCGAGUGAUGAAACAAGUUUAAAUUCAAGUCAAUCGAGUCUUCAACAUCCAUCUUCGAUGCCAAUGAAUAGUUUAUUACUCGGCCGACAGAUUUCGACAGCAUCGCAACCAACGCCUGCUCAAAUGAAUUCCAAUUCGAAUCGACGGUUUUCGUCAAUUGAAAUCAACAACGAAAAACAUCUCUCACUCCUUAAACCACUGCCACCCCUUCAAAUCAACGUUGAUGAAACAAGUCUUUCCACUAGAAAUGAUUCUAUUGCAUCUGAUAAUUCCUCCACACAUCAUGAGCACAGUUUUCAUCCUCCGCUUGCCAAUGAAUUUUCGACGAUAAAAACUUCGCGUAUUGUCAUUCGUGAACAGCGUGAACACGACCUCGAUGAUCAACAACGUGAACAAUUCCGUGGAUACAAACGUAUGCGACGGCAACAUCAGAAACAACUCAAACAAUUUGAAGAACGUUGUCGUACGGAUAAGCUCGAAUUGCGUUCGAAACUUGAACGCGAAUACAGUUCAUUUCAAGAACAAGUUCACAUUGAGAACAAUCGUUUAUUAGAAAAACAUCAAAAGGAAUUAUCUGAUCGCGUCAAAUACAAUCAAAAUCAUCUGAGAAAGUUUGAACGUGAACAACAAACAGAUUUCGAAGAUGAACUCAAACGUUUCCAACAGGAACAAUCAAAACAAUAUAAAAUGAAAAAGGAUACAUUCAAAAAAGAAAUCUUGAGUUCGUCCACACGCGGUAAAACCGAAAAAGAGUGUGAGAUACGUCGUUUAAAAGACGACUUGCAAUCUAAACUACGCACCGAAGAGCAAACAUUAAAAAAUCAACUAGGACAUGAUCACAAUGUUCGUCGUUUGCAACUAAAACGACGUAAACUACUAUUACUACACGUUCUAGAACAAAAACUAUUCGAAGAAAAAUGUACAAAAACCAUGGACACAGUCAUCCAAAGACAUGCUCUACUAAGAAAACACCACGAACAAACCAAAGAACUUGAACACAAACAAUUGGCCAAUCUACACAAAAUGCGGAAUGAAUUCACCAGCAAACAGCAUCACACUGAAAUCGCUAAUUUUCAUGAAUAUAGUAAUCGCCGUCAGAAAGAAUUAGCCAAACGACACGCUCUUAGUCAAAAGCAAUUUCCUAAAAGCAUUAAAAUGAAACAAGCAGAUAUUAAACGUCAACAUAAAGAAGCAUUUAAUACGCAAACAAAACAAUACAAAGCUUUAAAAGAGAAGACGCGGUUGGAUUAUCUGAAUGCGUCGACCAACGGCACACGUGAAGAGCUCGAUUUGAAAUUGAAAACACUUAAAAUGGAACAACGACGAAAAUUCGAUGUCUUAUAUCAACGUUAUGAAGAGACCAUGCAAAAAAUGCUUGAUCAUCAGAAUUUGAAAUUAAACUCCGAUCAAGAACGUGAACGUACUUCAUUGAAAACCAUACUCGACGAAGAUCAACGCAAUCUGCUCAGUUUACAAGAAGAAAGUCGUCAUCGAAUGGAACAACAACAUUGUGACGAGCGAAAACAAUUAGAACGUAACAUUGAGGAGCGAUUUACCGAACUGAAUAAACAGAUGGAACAGGAAUUAAGUGCAUAUAACGAAGAUCGAACACGGCAAUUUGCUUUACUUUUGGAAAAACAACGCCGCGAAUUAUCGCAAAUCGAUUCCGAAAUAACAAAUUUAGGUAUCAGCGUCGAUGAUCUAGCUGAAUCCAUGCAAGAUAUUCAUAUGUAUACUGCGAAUGCCAUUGUCAAUACGCCUUUAAAUACGAAUAAUCGAGCAUCGAUGAUCAGUUUACAUCGGUCUUAUAGCUCAAAUUCGUUUGUUGCCAAUGCAACGAAUAAUGGAAAUGGUACCACAACUCAUCAGUAG